UCUCCGACGCGUCGCAGCUCCGCAGGAACCGGGCUGGCCCUUGACAUGCCUUUUCGUGCAAUAUACGAGAAGGAUGGGCAUACACAACGAGGCGAGGCGCAUCGUCUGGAGCCAUCGACUGCUAAAUCUGGGAGAUCGCUUCGGGCACGUGUCAAUCAUCACCACUCCUCGUCGCACGAUUCAACCGCGUCAAAUAGCCUUGUAGCCUUCGGCGCCGGUAUCUAUAACCGUUUCCGUCGCGUCGCAACACCGAGGCAAGGCCAUUCCCGAGCAGAGCGGUAUUCCUUCCUGCGACGCACUGCUGCCGCCAAGGAGAUCGGAAGCUCUUUGGAAUAUGGAGAAAACGAUGGAGCGGCCCAGACGCGUGCUGGCGGUUCUCACAUGGAGACACCACCGUCGCCACCACCAAAGUCUGCAGGUUUGCGCAGUAUAUUUGCUCGUUCAAUCUGGCUUCGCGGCGGAGUUGAAGCUGGACGCGACGAAGGAAUCGUUUACAGACCGCCGAUCGAGGAUGAUCAUGACGGGAUUACCCUCGAUACUGGUUUUGAUCAUAUCGACGUAGAUGAUGACUUGGACGAUGCUUGGCUCAGGCGGCAUGACAGUGGAUACGAGGAGCUUAGUGCGGCGCUAAAUCGCGACGUCAACCAACUCAAAUCAACAUUCUCCUGGACCACGACGUCUACCUCGCGUUACAUAGAUGUUGCAGACUAUUUCGACGCAGAUUCCGACACAGACUCGACCGUUUCUAGCCUUGGUGUACCCCUCGCAUCGACUGUUUCUCCCUUCCACUCACAGCAGGAGAAUUCGAUUUCUGCUCAUGCGCAUGAAGGCGAUUGUGACUCGGCGUGGCUUCCUGUUGAUCCUCCGACUCCGCGGGCCGGGACUUACGUCCUUCCGUACCAGAGACCUCAUCGCAAACUCUUCAGGAAGGACUCAAAGACGCAGAUCGCCGUUCCUCCUGCAAUGAAAAUGGCAUCGCAUUCAAGGGCCUCUAAAGCCAACGAGGAUCAGCACCAUAAUCCAGCCUGCCUGCAGUGCCACCUCCAAAAUGGGUGUGCAGAUCCGGAAGUAACACAGCAUGUGACAACUUCGAAAGGGAAGGGCAGAGCAAAUUCCCAGUCAGGCCUUUCCGACUCAAUACGGAAUACGGUCAGCUUUGGUCGACCGGCAGCCGUACGCUCUUCUUCCUCCCCGGCCUCCCUGCCGUUUCCGCAUACCCGAUCCCGAUCGCUUCCAGGUUCGGGAGCUGCGACACCUGCAGAGGUGUUGUCUCGUGCCUCAUACAACCACGAGUGGGCAUAUCCUGUCUCUUCACGCCCCAUUUCUCAUACUCGCUCUCCUUCUUCCCCUCAACCUGGAUCAUCAGCGUUCACCAUGUCUAUGCAACGAUCUACAACUCCGACUCGGAUGUGCCAACACGUAUCGGACAUGCGAGACGUUUUACGCGGCGUACAAAGCGGAAUCCGUCCAUCGACGCCUAUUCCUGGUAUGCCGCCUGUUCCACCUAAGAACCGACCGCCUCCCACGUCGUUCCGUCCUGUUUCGGCUGGUGGACGUGAAAGAGGGCGCUCACGUACACCAAUGUCUUCCGCCGCUUUCUCACAAGCACGCUUCUCGGGACUUGCUCAUCCUCUCACCCGCUCGCAAAGCCAUAGAAUGUCCGUGGAACCCACGUCGAGCUUGCGGUCACGCACACGAAGCUUGGAAAGUCUGCGAGGCACUGCUCAGGCCCUUGCUUCAGCAUCUACUGCUCCUUUACGAAAUUUGUGGCGUGCUCGAUCGUUCAUCCGUCACUCGCAUAAUGGGCAGUCCGGGAGAUCUGCAACUGAUGCUAAUGAUGACGAAGAUGGUGUUUGGGUUUGUGUAGAUAUCAAACCUCCGGUCGAUAAGGCGAAGUCGUCUCUUUCCUCUGAAGGGCCGGGCACUUGCCCUGGCGCGAGUGGAUUUGCUAGUCCUACAGAGUCACCCAUUUAACGAAUGACAGCCUACACGCUAUUAGCAAGAACAAAUUCUCUUCACCAGUUUCUUACUAUUUCGUAUGCGAUACGGCUUGUUUUGGACAAUUUUUCGUUCUCAUCGAACUUUCUUUUAACCCACUUCGAUGCUGGGGCCUUCCUUGAUUUCGUGUUUCUUCCUCUCCGCCUAGAAUUCUCAUUCUUUGCAUGCCUCCUGGCUUUUCCUCUUCUCUCUCCCUUUGGUCUGGAUGUAUAUGACAUGCUCGAGAUCUGUUGACCUUUGGACGCUCUGGUAACGUCCUUUGGUAAUGAUAGCCAUGACUCUGUGACGUUAUUCAUGCCUUGUAUGUACACUAGAUAGACGCUCAGUUCCACAAUCACCAUCGCUUCCUGUACGUCAGGUCCGACGUCGGAUCGGUUAUUAAUUGUAUUUUCAGU